AUGCCUUCCAGGAUUCCCGACGUGUGGGGUGCCUCGCAACUGCUGAGCCAGCAGGAUGCGGAGGAGUUUGACGGCCGCAACCAAGCUGACAGCGAUGUGGACCCAUUCUUGGGCCUGGGUUUCAUGCGGAUCUAUUCUGCGCUGUCUCCAGAUGCUCCUCUCACUGCCAUUGCAACCGACAAGGAUGGUGUCAUUGGAAUGGCGCAGGUCAAGAAGGAUGGCUAUGUCCAAAACCUGGUGGUAAAGCCGAGCGCCCGACGGUUGGGCGUUGCCACUCAGAUCAUCUGCUGGUGCGCGGCAAAGUCGCGUUUUCGAGGAGCACAGAAGCUUUGGAUGCAC